UAUAGGGGAAUAGACAAUCCUGUUCAUCUUCCUUCUUUAACAUUCCACUGUUCUGAAGUAAGGGCAAAAACUUAAUUUUAUUAUUAUUACCAUUCAAGUUUUUUGUCUGCUCAUAACAAUUUAAGGAGCAAUUAGCAAAGCUUUAAGAGAAGAAAUUAAAUAAUAGAGCGUCUGCACUCUGCUGCCGCCUAUGAAUAAUAAAUAGAUGAAGUGGUCUAAUAAUACUAUUCUAAUUCUCAUUUCUUAAAUACUUUGUAUAAAAUAUCAUAUUUUUAUUUUUCAUUUCCUCUACCGUCAUUGUUGAAUAAGUUUUUUUUAACUCAUCUACCCCUUCAUUUUUGUCAGAUCUCAGUUUUUAAUCCCUCGUAGUCGUAGUUGUUAUUCUUUUCACACUCCAACAAUUUCACACUUUCCGAUCAAUUUCCGACGUCACUCAGGACUGCACUUUUAUUGCUAUGAAUUGAUCUGUUGGACUUAAUGGGUGGUAUAUUCAGCCUAAAUGGUUAUGGUGAUUCUAGCAGUGACCACGAUGAGAGUUCAAUCAAUAGCAUUUGCAAAAGGCAAAGGGUAACAAGGUGUUUUGAACAGAGCACAAGACUAAUUCCUUCUCUACCAAAUGAAAUAUCGCUCCAAAUACUUGCCAGAGUACCUAGAGUCUGCUAUUUGCAAUUGAAGUUGGUUUCACGGAUUUGGAAAGAAGCUAUAUCGACGCCAGAAUUAUAUGAUUUGAGAAAAGAAUUGAAGAAGACAGAAGAGUGUCUUUUCAUUCUUUCUCGCAUUAAAGAUAAGUUGUUAUGGUUAGCAUUGGAUCCUGUUUCUGGGAUAUGGCAAAAGUUACCACCAACACCGCAUGAUUUGACCCAAAAUGAAUCUCGGAAAGGCUUGGCAAUCCUUCAAAUGUGGAACUCUUUGGGAUCAAUGAUGAAAAUAGCAGAUUCCUUAAGAGAUUGGCUUGGAGGAGGUGAUCCCCAGGAUAAAAUUGAUUUUUGUGGCUGUUCAAUUGGAGCUGUGAACGGUUGCCUAUAUGUGGUCGGGGGAUUGUCAAGGUCCUCAGCUUUAAGGUGUGUCUGGCGUUAUGAUCCUAUUUUAAGUGUUUGGAAUCAAGUAAGCCCUAUGUUAACCGGUAGAGCUUAUAGCAAGACUGGAGUCAUAAACAACAAACUGUACGUUGUUGGAGGGGUUACCAAACACAGAGGUGGGUUAACUCCCUUACAGUCUGCCGAAGUGUUUGAUCCUGAGACGAAUCAAUGGUCCGAGGUCCCUAGCAUGCCAUUCUCAAAAGCUCAAAACAUGCCUACUGCUGUUCUAGCUAAUCUCUUCAAACCAAUAGCAACAGGUUUGACAACAUACAAGGGUAAGCUAUACGUGCCUCAAAGCUUAUAUUGUUGGCCUUUCUUUAUUGAUGCUGGUGGUGAGAUAUUUGACCCAGAUACGAAUUCUUGGGUUGAAAUGCCUGUGGGUAUGGGUGAGGGUUGGCCUGCUAAACAGGCAGGAACCAAAUUGAGUGUUGUAGUUGAUGAUGAGCUAUAUGCUUUAGAUCUUUCUGGUUCUUUGGAUAGUGCUAAGAUUAAAGUAUAUGAUCAACAAAAUGAUUCUUGGAAAGAUGUUGUUGGCGAGGUUCCAAUGCGUCAUUAUCAUAAUGAUGCUGAAUCUCCAUACCUUCUUGCUGGUUUAUGUGGAAAGCUUCAUGUAAUCAUUAAAGAUAUCAAUUCCGAAAUUGCGGUUUUAGAAGCUGCUACUAAACCUGUGGCACAACCACCCUCGGAAUUAAAAUCGUUGUCUAGCAGAAGCUCUUCUACCGGAAGUUCUAUUGCGUCUAAUUCAUCAGGGAUUACCUGGAAAGUCAUCACGUCAAAGCGAGCUGGACAGACUGAUUUGGUUAGCUGUCAAAUCCUCAGAAUUUAAUACUGGCUCAGUGGACUGUUGCUUGAAGGAUAAUUCGGACUGUGCAUGAGUUGAUAGCGUAUAUAUAUUACACACGGCCACAAUGGUCAGGAUUAGAGCUCGGAGAUCAACAUAGGAAUUAUUGUUACGGUGAUCAUGUAUGGUUUAUAGACUUAGUAGUAUAUGUUUCUGUUUGUAGUAAGAGACUGCUACAGAAGUAUUACUAAUGGUAGAAUUUACCUGUUUACUUUCGUAAUUUUUUUUUUUUUUUAUAAAAAUAAACGAACAAUGUGUAAUAAAUAAGUGGAAGUGCCUUUAAGGCAAAAUGUCCAUCUUUAAAUUUUGUACUUCUACUUGAUGCUAAAUGAAUAAAUCCUUUUUUAACUUUGGGGGGACUUCAAUGCAAUCAUUAUCUUCAGAAGUAAGUCUUGAUCAUCCGAAACUAUAUUAAGAAAUGGUAUGCUAUUACUAAGAUCUACCCAUUGAACAAG